AUGGUGCUUCUGCCCUGUUCCUUGUGGGCGUUGAUAGCGCUGUUUUGCGCUGAAUUGGCUCUCGCGGAUGAGGCCAAUCUUUUCCGCUCGGAGGGAUACGCCGAGGGCUUCGAAGGCUCCUGGCCGUUACAGCGUUAUCGCUCCAGUAGUGUACAGGGCCCUAUCCUGAACUACUGGCAGCACAGUACCGCUUGCAAUGACGGCAAAUAUACCAUUUUAGGUCCGCGUGGUGACUCGGUGCGUCGUUCUGGGCCGAUGAUUUUGGACGAUGAGGGUCAUUUGGUGUGGUUCAAGGAUUAUCCGACCACAUACAAUGCGAAUAUUUAUACCUACAAGGGAGAGCAGUAUCUGACCUUUUGGGCCGGCGACGAUUCUAUCGGAGGCCAUGGCGAUGGAACAUACUACAUGAUCAACUCCCACUAUGAAGAAGCUUACACCAUUCGAGGCGCAAAUGGUCUGCCAGCUGAUCUGCACGAGUUCCAUAUCACCCUUAACGAGACAGCUGUGUUCGCCGUCUACGACGUCAUUCCUUUCGACCUGAGAGAUGCUGAUGGACCUGAAAAUGGAUGGAUAUGGGACGGCGUAUUUCAAGAAGUGGACAUCGAAACCAACGAGCUCCUGUUCCAAUGGCGCGCCUCGGAACACAUUUCACUGGACGAACGUGAGCGAGACCGCGAAGGAAAUGGCGACGAUGAAGACCACCCAUGGGACUUCUACCAUAUCAACAGUAUCGACAAGGACCAUCUGGGAAACUUCCUCGUCUCCUCGCGCUAUAUGAAUUCGCUGGCCUACGUUGACGGGGAAACGGGGGAUGUGAUCUGGAAACUCGGCGGCAAAGAGAAUUCGUUUACUGACCAGUCUGAUGGCGCGGCGACCAAUAUCAGCUGGCAGCACCACGCUCGAUUCCAACCAGACUACGACACCUCGUCGACUCGCGCAAUCUCUAUCUUCGACAAUGCCUCCCGUGGCAAGGGUGCACCUGAGAACCCCAGUCGAGGACUCUUCAUCGAAAUCGACGAAAAGGAAAUGACUGCGAAGGUCAUCAAAGAGUAUUGGAACCCGACCUCAAUCAGUAGCCAGUCUCAGGGCUCUAUGCAGGUUCUUGAAAACGGCAACGUACUUGUCGGGUACGGGUAUAAUUCGGCAUGGUCCGAGUUCUCUCCCGAUGGCGAAGUGCUUUGCGAGGUACAUUUUGGACCCCAAUCAGGCUUUUACACUGGGCAUGUGAUCUCGUACCGUAUUUUCAAAAGUGACUGGGUUGGUAUUCCUCUCACCCAACCUGACGUUGCCCUCUCCGAUACCGAUGCCGCUGUUAGCUGGAAUGGAGCUACAGAAGUUGCGACUUGGGUCUUACAGGGUUCCUUUGCUGGACCCGAGAAUGCGGCUGCGGCCUAUGAAGACGAUGAAGCCGUCCGACGCUCCUCAGACGAAGAAUUAGAUGAGGAAGAGUUCCAAUUCAUCCUCGCCGUUCCAAAGAGUGGAUUCGAAACCCUCAUCCCCGUUCCCCCAGAUACCUUGUACAGCACGUUGCGCAUCGUGGCACUUGACAAGACAGGAGCAACACUCGGAACAUCACAGGUCAUGGUUUGGGAUCCAGAGGAGCUCAGCAGCGAAAUCGCAAUCUAUGAUGGGGAGGAUGAGGAAGAUGAUACCCACAUUGGUCCUGCCCUCAUGUUCGGACUGGGCUUCAUGACGGCCACAAUCAUUGUCCUUUGUGCGUUGCUGAUUUGCCGGUAUAUCCCAAUUGCUUCGGCUAAGCAGCUAUUCGGCCAGAGCCAUAGGCAGGAGAAAGAUGCCCAAGAAUGGGAGCCUGUACAUUCUGCUGCAGAGCUGGAUGAUCUGAGUGAUUUGGAAUCUGGAGAUCGGCCCAAUGACUCGUUAUUAAGACGAGAUGGACAGGAUUAG